GAGCAUAGAGCUCUCUUAUUGACCUAUUGGUCUGUGCGUAGUAAUGAGACAUGCAUUCGCCUGGAAUACGUGUGGACGCCGUCUCCAAGCGUUUCAGUCCUUUUCUCACCGCCCUCAACGAUGGCCAUUGCCUCACAGGCUGUAUUCGUCUCUGACAAAACCACAGUUCGCUUCAUUCUUCUCGCACAAUGGCUCCUGGGCCGUGGAAGACAUCUCCAAGACACCUGAGAGUAUCCCAGUACGACUCAUCGCUCAUGUUGCAACCUGCCAAACCACCACUCCAUACCGCGAAGUCGAUGUUCUUACUCCUCGACGUCUUCUCAAGGUUUACGCACAAUUGUCCAAAUCGCGUCUAACUGCAUUGGUUGUAUUGACUGCCAUGUCUGGAGUAGCGUUGUCCCCUUUACCUGCCACAGUACCCGCUCUACUGUCUACCGCAGUAGGAACUGCACUUUGCUCAGCAUCUGCAAACACUCUCAAUCAACUGCAGGAGAUUCCCUAUGACGCUCAAAUGACUCGGACUCGUAUGAGACCACUUGUGCGCCGGGCCAUCAGCCCCCUUCAUGCUGCAGGGUUCGCAUUAGUGACUGGUGUUGCAGGUCCAGCCAUCCUGUUAACUCUGAAUCCGAUCACUGCUUCACUGGGGGCCGCCAAUAUAGUCCUCUACGCUGGAUUAUACACUUGGCUCAAGCGAAAAAGUAUACUCAACACAUGGGUUGGUGCCGUAGUGGGCGGUUUGCCUCCUUUGAUGGGGUGGACAGCUUGUGGGGGAAAGCUGCUUCCCUCGUCGGAUUAUCCUUUGGAAUUUUUCUUUCCCCCCUUCCUCUCGCAGUUGCCCAGCAUGGACAUAUCAAUGAUCGAUAAUCCUCUGUCGCCACUAGCACUCUUCCUGUUGCUAUACAGUUGGCAGUUUCCGCAUUUCAACGCUUUCUCUCACUUAAUGCGAGCCUCGUAUGCCCAGGCAGGUUACAAAAUGCUCUCAGUACUCUCCCCAAAGAAGAAUUCCCUUGUUGCAUUGAGACACGCUAUUAUCCUCAUUCCUGUUUGUUCCCUGAUGUUUCCGCUUUCUGGUCUCACUACGUGGUAUUUUGCCAUCACAAGUUUAGGCCCCAAUGCCGUCUGCACUCGUGCGGCGUGGAGAUUCUGGAAAUCUGGAGGAGAGAAAGAAGCCAGGGCUAUCUUUCAACAUAGUCUGUGGUAUCUUCCUGCUAUUCUGGCUUUGAUGAUGCUACACAAGCAAGGAGUUGACUGGACAGAUUGGACAGGACGCCAAGUAUCUGAUACAGAUAUUUCGAAGGAUGUGGAGGUCAUCUGAAAUAAGUUCAAUUGAUAUAUUGACACACACUCAGAGUAAAUUAUAAUGAGAUACAAUAUACCUUAGUUUGAAGGUGAUUAUACGGCUUUGAGUCUCGCCAUUUCUCUUUUUCUUUUCAGUGCGUCAAGCCUACUCUUCAUGACGCUAACCUUAAUAUCCGCCUCUUCCUGCGCUCUCUCCUCGUCAAGGAGACGAUCCAUGAUUAGUUCCCUCUCUUCCUGUUCCUUCCUUCUUCUCACUUCUUCGUCUGUGUUUCUAUGUGGGGCAUCUGAAAGAGUUUCAGCGUCGACUGACUGCGAAGGAAAGCCUUCUGGGACUUCGGAAGCGAGCUCAGGCUCAGCAAAAAUGGUUGCAUUUUCGUAUGUCUCCCGACGAUCUGGAGCAUUUACAACAGUCUGCUGGAAUUUGAUCCACUCAAGAUCAAUGGCGGGAUCGUUGGAAGUGUGGUUUGUAUUUGAUGCAGGAACGACAUGAGGAGGUCCACUUUCGCCAUCGUCAGAGUCAUCAGAGGUUGGUGGGGGGACUCUGGAGGAAUCCGAGAAGAAAUCGACGGGAAAAGAACCAGGAGCGUCGUGAACUGCGGCGUCAGCAGGGGAGCCAUCAACCCUGGGUCUUUUGCUCGUUGCCUCGUCUGAGGUUGUGUCAUCCUUCACAGCCUUCCUUUUUGCUCCCAUGUUAUCAUGUUGAGCCUGCUCCUCCCUCAAACGUUCUUCCUCCCGUAAGCGAAGAACAUUCAUGCGAUGGGACUUGGUUCCCAGAUGGCCAUCCCAAGCGGACGCAUGCUUGAUGACGGAUCCACAUAUUAUGCAGCGUAGUUGACCAUUGGAUGAAUACGAAGCUAGUGGAUGGCUGACACGCACUUCCUGUCGCUUUGCUUUGAGUAGCGCUCGUACGUCCGACAUUUCUGAGAUGAAGGCGGU